GAAUGACCGUGUGCGGCUUUGGCCAAUUCACUUUCCAAAGCACUGGCUGCUGUGGAAGGGUCACAGUGCCUCUACCAACAAAGGCAAAACUCCAGCUAAGCUGGCUAGACAUGGACCCCUGGCAGCUGCCUAUGGGUCGUUACCUCCUGUGACCCCUGAUGCUGCAGGUUUCAAGGUAGUCAAUGAAUUUUACACAUGCAACUCAGAUGCUGAUUCCCACAUGGUCCGGGUUCCUUCUGGGUCCACUUCUGACUAUGUCAAAGAGCCAGUGGUGGAUGACACAUGUACUGGCCAUAUGACAACUUCCACUUUGCCAUCUGAAGGUCCAGUGGAGAUCUUGGACACAGAUGUGGGGCAUCUGUUAUCCGACUCUAGGGUCAUACAACACUAUCGCUCUUUCAAGUGGGCCCCACCUGAUCACAUCAUAGAAUUGAGUACAUAG